AUGGAAUGAAUCUUCCUUGUUGAAUGCCUCCAGAUUUCCUAUUGGAUUUCACGUCUGGAGAAACCCUUUUCCUUUAAGCCACUCUGUGGCAGACUGAAUUGUGGAUCCAGGACUCCUAAGACUUUGGAUCUUGAGGAGGCAGCCACUGCUGAAUUGCAUUAACCUGACAUCACAGCCACAAUGGUGCUGUCACAAAGGCAACGAGAUGAACUAAAUCGAGCGAUAGCAGAUUACCUUCGUUCUAAUGGCUAUGAAGAAGCAUAUUCAGUUUUUAAAAAGGAAGCUGAGUUAGAUGUGAAUGAAGAGUUAGAUAAAAAGUAUGCUGGACUUCUGGAGAAAAAAUGGACGUCAGUUAUAAGAUUACAAAAGAAGGUUAUGGAAUUAGAAUCGAAGCUGAAUGAAGCUAAGGAAGAAUUUACAUCAGGUGGACCUCUUGGUCAGAAACGAGACCCUAAAGAGUGGAUUCCCCGUCCUCCAGAGAAGUAUGCUUUGAGUGGACAUAGGAGUCCUGUCACUAGAGUAAUUUUCCAUCCAGUUUUCAGUGUUAUGGUCUCUGCUUCAGAGGAUGCCACAAUAAAGGUGUGGGAUUAUGAGACAGGAGACUUUGAACGAACCCUUAAGGGGCAUACAGACUCUGUGCAAGAUAUUUCCUUUGACCACACUGGCAAACUAUUGGCCUCCUGUUCUGCUGAUAUGACCAUUAAGCUAUGGGAUUUCCAGGGUUUUGAGUGCAUCAGAACUAUGCAUGGUCAUGAUCAUAAUGUUUCUUCAGUAGCCAUCAUGCCCAAUGGAGAUCAUAUAGUUUCUGCCUCAAGGGAUAAAACUAUCAAAAUGUGGGAAGUCCAGACAGGUUACUGUGUGAAGACUUUUACGGGACACAGAGAAUGGGUGCGCAUGGUGCGGCCUAACCAGGAUGGCACCUUAAUUGCCAGCUGUUCUAAUGACCAAACAGUGCGUGUUUGGGUGGUAGCAACAAAGGAAUGCAAAGCUGAGCUCCGAGAACAUGAGCAUGUGGUAGAAUGCAUUUCUUGGGCUCCUGAGAGCUCAUACUCCACCAUAUCAGAAGCUACGGGAUCAGAGACUAAGAAGAGUGGCAAGCCUGGGCCUUUUCUGUUGUCUGGAUCCAGAGACAAGACCAUUAAGAUGUGGGACAUUAGCACUGGCAUGUGCCUUAUGACACUUGUGGGCCAUGAUAACUGGGUACGUGGCGUUCUGUUCCAUUCUGGGGGAAAAUUUAUUUUGAGCUGUGCUGAUGACAAGACUCUACGCGUCUGGGACUUCAAGAACAAACGAUGCAUGAAAACCCUCAAUGCGCACGAACACUUUGUUACCUCUUUGGAUUUCCACAAGACGGCACCAUAUGUGGUUACUGGAAGUGUAGAUCAAACAGUAAAAGUGUGGGAGUGCCGUUGAUUGAAUUCACAUUUGACCCCUUUUUCCUCUGGAUGCACUCAGAUACCAUGGUUACCCAUUGAGCUCUGUUUAAAUAAAUAUUGUCCUUUCAUGUAAAUUAUUCUGGAUGUAGAUUGAGCUUAUUAAAUGUUACACACAAAGUAUUCAUGCAUGGUGAAUCCAAAUUGUAUACUGUAAAUUUACAUACGUUGUCUAGAAGUACCAUAGGUUUAAGAACAUGGGCUGGCAUUGGUCACAUCAGACCUAAGAAGGCAGAAGUUGGAUAAUUGAAAUAGGGCACUUAACUGAAUAGUUGACAGUGUCGUUCUAUGUUGGAUAAUUAUACCUGUUUUUCUUUCUGCUGUCUGUUGGUGCCUGAAUUGGUGACCUCAUUUGGGAAAAGUUUUGUAGGGCUCUUUCAGAAAUGUGUAUCUAUGUAACAUCACUUAAGUGUGCUUAAUAAAUCUUCUCUAAGGAUACUAGAUAAUAAGGCUGCAAUUCAGAAUCUUCUGAACCUUAUAUGUAAUUAAUGGAAAUUAAUUAAACUUUGGAAUAUUUGUCAUGAAACAUUUGCCAAAUCAACAGAAUACACUUGUUUUGGCCUCCUAUUACACAAGGGUUGGUAUAUUUAUAUAACUAACUGUAAACCUGAAAUAAGACAACGAAUCUUAGUAGCAGCUGAUGUGAUAAAUGUAUUUAUUUUUUAUUUGGUCAUGCAAUGGUUAAGCUGUGCUGUUAAACUAAGUUUAAACUUUUUUUUUUAUGCUAGACAAACUUCCAGGAGGAGUUGUCCAUCCCACUAGAAUUUAGUGAUCUAAUUUCCAGUAGAGCUUAAUCUCCCAAAUGACUGCCAUGGUACAACUUGCUUGUUUGCUUUCAAUGUUUGUUAGAAAUGUGCAAUUCUUAUUACACAACAGUAUCAAAGUACACUUCCCUUAUAUUCACGUGCAGGAGGUUGGGGUAUACAAAAAUUUCUUGGUUUCUUUAGUGCCUCCUUGGAAACCCUUUUGAAGAUGAGGUUAUAUGUACCUUAAAGACAUAAUGUGGCUUGAAUAAAAACUUACUGUGGUUUGCAUAUUGAGAAAUAUCUUGAGAUACAGUAUUUAAAUGCUUUAAAGAAAGCACUAAAAACCUUGUGCAUCAGAUUAUAAUGGCAGAUUCAAAUUGAUAGAAGCUUCUUAAAAAAAAAAAAAGAAAAAAAAGAAACACUUGAACAGUCCAUGUGUGGGAAUGAUGCUAUCAAGUAAGCAUUAAAAAAGCAAAAGACAAAAAACUAGCCUGAUUUGAUAAUUAGUAUUUACAUUGUUUGGUGUAUACAAUUUUUAAUUUGCAUAUCCCUGAAGUUACAUAUUUUGAUCUGAAGUGAAUGAAGAUAUUAUAAAAGAGUUUUAAUCAGCAUUUUUGUGACAAAUUCCAUUGUAGAUAAUUAAGAGUUCCAAUACUUACUGAACUAACCAGGUCUUUUUUAAAAUCCACUUUAAAAUUUACAGUAUAAUGAAGUACCAGUCUGACAUUUUAACAGGUGAAUUUGUGCUUUAUUUUAUUCAUUUUGUUUAAUACAUGGCUUUUAAAACUGUCCCUUUUAAAAAUAAGAAUCCUUGACCAGCAUAGGGUCGGUUGGAGGGUGUACACACUAAGAAAUGGUGAGGGGUAGGGUGGUUAGUUUCCUACAGUCACACAUAGAAGGGUCUGCUCUUCUGUGUGGAGGGAAUGGAUUUCAGUAUUGGUUUCUUGCAUUGACUUGCCUCUGGGAAGGGGUGGAGAAAUGGAGUUCUAAUCUGUGGGGUUUUUGGAGCCAGUUUAAGAUCUAGGCUAGUCUCUUAAAUCCAGUGGCUUCUAUGAUUUUAAGUGUGUGUUUCCACAGUUAAGCAUGCACAGAUAAAGUAUUUUUUUCUUUGUUAGCUGUUUGGACUGGAACAAUUUGCUGCUCUUUGUCCUAUUUGAGAAUUCCAGAUAAUAUUGCAUCUUAAAAUUCCUCCGUGCGUCUGCAGUUGUGAAGUAGUACAUCACUUUAGUUCCUGAUAGGACCUAGAAACUUUAACUAUAAAGUAAACAGCACUCAUGUACAUAAUUCAUUAACAUGAAUGAGAAAUUAAAGGUACCUAUUAAGUGGAAAUUGUCCACUCCAUUUUUUUCCCUUUAGCAUACAGCUAUUUACAAAGACAAACAACUGACUAAAGUCACCUAAGCAGCAUUUUAAUUGCUUGUAGGAAAAACCCUGCCAAGUACUUCUACAUUGCAAUUUGCAACCUUCUCCUUCAACAAGCAGUGAAUAAUCUCAGGGAUGGUCCUGAAUGGAUCAAAAGUUAAAGCCCUGUUUAAGACGAGAAGAAAAAAAAAAAAAAAAAGUGAAAGCCACAACACAGGAGUUGGAUUUAUGAGCGUUUCCUGCAGUGUUGUUCCUUGAUAUUACACUGUGUUGAACUUUUUCACUAUUUGCAAUGUUUUGUCAGCUGUCUAAUCCUGUGCCUUUCCUGUGAGAAGUACAAUAAUGAGGUUACUGGUUUGGAUUGCAAAAUAAAUUAUUGGAGGGUUUAAGAGGUUCACUGCUGCUUUGUCACUUUCCUUACUAAAAUUGGCAUUGCUUAAAAACCUCUAUAGAAACUGUUACUAAAUAGACAAUACAGAUUUUUUUUUUUUUUGGCAUAAAAACA